AAACAGAGAGGAUACGUAAUUAAUUUCCAUAAGUCUGUUCCUCAUCUCUCCUCACGUACUGCAAUAUAUUCUUUUGUCUAAUUCCAUUGAAAUAUACAACAUGAGAGAAGUCGCUGAGCUUGAAGGAGAGCAGAGGUGUUGGUCUGAUCUUUCUCAUGAUUUGUUGGGAAUGCUAUUGUAUUAUCUUCCCCCAGAAUCAAGACGCGCAUUCAAGGCCACUUGUAAAUCUUGGAAUACUGCUCAAAUUUCAGUCCCACCGCCCAUCGACUCUACCAUAUCGGCUUACUACUACUCUUGUCCAAUUCUGAUGUUCGCUAAUUGCUAUAACUCGAGGUAUAAAUUUUAUAAUCCAAUUAACCAUGAGUUCUUCCAUGUCAGUGCCAUUGGUUUGAAAGGUGCAAUCGUCCGCUGCUCAAAGUUUGGUUGGCUGUUGAUGUCACUUCCAAACCUUGAUGUGCUCUUCUAUAAUCCAAUCACAAAGCAAAAAAUUGAACUCCCCCGAAGCAAUUUAGCUUUUACAGCGAUGUGUUUCACAUCUCCACCAACUUCUCCAGAUUGUCAAGUUUUUGCUAUUGCAAAAACAAGGAAUGAGGUGAACAUCAUACGACAUGGGGAACAAUCUUGGCAACUACAUUAUUUUGGUAUACUGAAACGUAAAUUUUAUUUUUCCACGCAUAAUCCUGUGUUCCACAACGGCUCCUUUUAUUGUUUAGAUGAGAGUGGUGACGUUGGUGUCUUCCACCCUGAGGUAGAUGAUGAUGAUGAAUCAAAAAAAUUUACUAUUCAUUAUACCUCAUUCAAAAAGACUGGGUGGAGACAAUUAAGAAAAGGGAAGAUACGUCAAAGUUUCUUGUUAGAAAAUGACGGAAAACUAUUUGGAAUUUUCAAUCGGAUCGAUAACGGUAUCAAUAUCAUGUGGUUAGAUACUGAAAGUUGGAAAUGGUUGGCAGUUCACGAUUUGCCAAAUAAAAGUUUGUUCGUUAGUCACAGUGAGUCAUUUGCAAUCAAAGGAAUUGGUAACAGGGUGUAUUUUCCAAAAUUCCAUGAUAAGGUUGGGGUGUAUUACUCUUUAGAUAGGUUGAAAUAUUACUCUGUUGCCGGCAAUUUUUCUAGCACAUCAUCAUAUGAACUAGAUGAGGUUAUAGAAUUUGGAGUGUGGAUUCGACCCAACUUUGAUCUAGUACAUGAGUCACAGCUUCACUGGUGA